AUGCCCUUGUUUGAACAGGUCAUCGGUAACAACGACAACCCAUAUCUCGUUGUGGCUUACGACAACGAAAACCAUUUUGUCAACGCCACGAAUUCCACGGAUGUGAACCCAUUCCUGAGCGAUGCUUUUAUGGUGGAAAAGCUAGUUUCCGGUCCAUUUCGAAGGGAUUUGACCGAAAACAGAGACGACAUCCUUAUCGCCUUCCUCUCUCUCCUGAUUUUACUCAUCAUCGAGAGCACAGCUUCUGCAUUUCUUCUUCGGACAAACAAAGGAAGGGUUGGGGUCUUCGGCUUUUCAGUCAAGUACGUCAUCGAACUCAUUCAAGACUUCAACGUACACCAUCUUUUUCACAAGAACACCAAUUCACAAAACCACCUCAAACUCAAUACGAGGCUUCUGAUAUUCGCUUUUUCCAUCCUCUCAUUCGUCUUUUGUGUAGAAGUGGCAAUCAUCUUCCUCACAAACCCUGAGCUGAGGCCCGUUUCAAACGACAUGGCUAGCUUUCGAAUUGUACAACCUGUCCUGGUCUCGACAUCUCAUCUUUACUUCCACAUCCGCACCUCAGCGAACAGACCUUGCAUGUCAGCCAAUUUGGUGGGUGUUCGUCAGGGUUCAACAAGAAUCAGCACUUGCGUCACAAUGCUCACCGAAAAUACAACCAUGGAGUUUAUGGACAUCGAAUACAACGAAUCCGUCAAAGUUGAAAUCACUACGGACAUCCAUGACUAUGGAGCCGAGCACGAAGUGAGGAUCGAUGAUUUGAGCGCAAAUUAUUCUGCAAGGGCAUACUUCACCCUGCAUGACGGGAAGAUGCGUUUGAUGAAGAGCAUUUCGCAAUCGGAGCACGAGAAGAAACAGGUUGAGGCUGUCCACAAACAAUUCGUAGGUGCUAUGUUCACUGCUGUGAUGAGAGAGAAGAAAGUGAAAAACGGCACUGAUGUCUUGGAUGAAAGCAAUAAAAUCAAGUUCAGUUCAAAUGACAUGGAGGGUCAACACAUCGAGGUUCUGCAAUCGAAGCAAAAGACCCACACUGUCAAGACAAGACGAUACAAGUCCACCAUGACAGGAGUAAUGCCUACUGGCUUGAUUGCGCUUCAUGUUGCCCAUCAUGUCUUCCAGGGAAGCGCUGCCAUAACCCUAGGCGGGGGGGACACUGAAGACCUUUUCCUAAAUGAGGGACUGCAGUCUCGGAAAAGCAUCGUUUGGGCUGAACCAGUGCGAAAACUAAACUGGUUGUCCUUGCUGCUCAUUUGUUGGACUUGUCUUUUACUGCAAAUUCCGCUUUACCUUCUUCUGAGGCCAGCAUCAACCGCAUACAUUGCCGGACUAUGGGCGAAGCAUAAGGUUGGGGCAGAAAUGGAGCGUUCGCCGAUCGAAGUGGGCAAAAACGAAAGAAAGAGAUUUCGGCUUUACCCGAAACGCAACAACAAUGGAUAUUCAUAUGGAUCAGAAAGCAGAUGGGCCGAUAUUGAUACUCCCGAACACUACUGAAGAACGUAUCGCUCCCGAAGAAGAGCAGUUAUAGAAUAUGAUAUCAAAGUUGUACAUAUACAUUGAGAGAUUCCUCAUCACCACAAAUGGUACCUUCGCUACCCCAGCAUCGCACAAGAACAGUAUAUUCUUCAUAUGUGUUGGGACUUUAAGGAUGAUACUGAAAACAAAAACACGAGCACAUAGAAUCAUGCUGCACAGACGUUGUGAAUGGCACAGAAGAAAUUCUCCAUGAAAAUUAGUCUUUGCUUCGUCUUUUUUGACACUCUCAAAUCCAGCAAAGAAAGAGAUGGGGGGCUCAAUUCACAACAACACUUUCAUUGUUAUAUUCAUCAUCAAACAGAAACGCACAGUUUAAAUAUUGAGCUACCAAGGGUAGUGAGAUAAUUUGGGACGAGACAGUGUUCCCGGGAUUCACCACUGUCUCUCUGAUGACAAUGCCGGCGGUUUGAUCCUUUUCGUCGGAAGUUUAUAGAUAUAAACUUUUCUUGUUAAACCCGUGCAUACUAAAAAAAA